AUUGGAUUCAGUCAAGACCUUCAAGGUCGUGUCCUUUUCCAUCUCACGCCCCAACUGUUCGCCACCCUAGCAUCCCAUCCCUCUUCUACCCCUUGUUCGUGCUCUGCAAUCAUUCAUUACCCCGUCUCUCGCUCUCAAAUACUCUUUCUUUUACUUCUACAACUUGCCUCUGUCCCUCGUUAUACUUUUGCACAGUAGCGACGGCGCCAGACGACCCCGCGAACAACUAUCGGACUGGAUCCGACAUUACGAUAACGAACGAGUCAAUAUGCAUUUUACAAAGAAGAUUGACCGAGCCUUCCAAUGGGCCGGUGAAAGAAUGGGCGCUGAAGCCCGAACGGCUCAUUCUGAUGAGUUCAAGAAUCUAGAGACCGAAAUGGCUCUCCGACAAGACGGUAUGGAGCGCAUGCAACGAUCUAUGAGCGGCUACGUUAAAUGGUUGUCCCAACGCAAUGAGCUUAUGGAUAACAAGGAGCGCGGCACUCCCAUGUCGUCUCUUGGCCGUUCAAUGGCUACCCACGGCGAGGAUUUUGAGCAAGAGUCCGAGUUCGGAAACUGCCUGUUGUCCUUGGGUCGCGCCAACGAGCGCAUUGCUGGCAUCCAAGAUUCCUACGUAGACUGCGCCAAUGCUACUUGGCUGGACAACCUCGAGAGGAGUCUGGCGAUGAUGCGAGAGUACCAGAACGCCCGCAAGAAGCUUGAGAACCGCCGUCUUGCCUACGACGCCAGCACCAACAAGCUGCAAAAGGCCCGCCGUGACGAUUUCCGCAUCGAAGAAGAAGUUCGCAUGAACAAGGCCAAAUUUGAGGAGACCAGCGAGGAUGUCCUUCGUCGUAUGCAGGACAUCAAGGAAUCCGAGGUGGACAACAUUACAUCCCUGACCCAAUUCCUCGACGCUGAGCUUGAUUACCAUGAGCGCUGCGCUGAAGAGUUGCGUCGUGUUCGUCAGAACUGGGCUGGAGCUGCGUCUUCGCCUACCAGUGCUCCCAAGAUUGGCCGAAGCCGAUCCAACACCGCUCGUUCUUGGCAAGAGCCUCGUCAUCAGGCCGUCUACGAAGAGCCAGAGGCUGAACAAGAGCCCGCUCGCAUUCCCCACCGUUCUCCCGGAAGCCGUCUUGCGCCUCCCCCUCCCCAACCCGCACGACCCCCGAUUGGACGCGCCUCAACAUUUGAAGGCCGCUCCUCAUCUACAGCUACACCACUGGCCAAUCUCAGAGUCCCAGGUGCUCCUCUUGCUCGCGUUGCUACUGACAGCGGUUCAUACGGACGGCAUGACGAUGUAUUCUCUGAUGAUGUUUCAACAAGCAGAAGCGGCAGUCCUGACUGGGAACACCGCACUGCCAGCCCUGCAACUAGCUAUGGAAGUCUAAGCCGAAGCGCAAGCGGUUUGGCUCUUGGAAAGAAGCCACCGCCUCCCCCUCCCAACCGGGCCAAGAAGCCCCCGCCUCCUCCUCCUGCGAGAAGAGAGAACUUGGGAUAUUGAUGGAUUUUAUGAGUCAAUUGGUAAAUUUGGUAUCUGGCUGGCGUUUGGAUUUGAUUUGGACAAUAGAGUCAUCACGCGAAUGCGUCUGUAAUUGAUUGAAUUUGAGCUUGAAUGUGAGGCUAUUUUAAUGGGGUGCGGUCC